AAUUUAAACUUAGUAAGACCUUUAUUGUGUUGCUAUCUUUUGAGCUGUCUUAGUUCAACUCUUUCGUUACACCUAACAUAACUGUAUUUUGUAAUCUGUAUGGAAAUCAAAGGGAAAAGAGUGACAUCUGUUUUGAUUUGCUUUUUUCUUUAUAUAUUCAAAACAGAUUAAAACUUAAGUCUUGUAUGUCGAUUAGCAGUUUUCAAUAUCCAUACUGCAGAAUCUUGUGUGAAGCUUGCUACUUAGUCAAUACUUUUUCAUGCGUGUAAAAAUCCAAGAAGCGUGGGAGUUCUAUGACUCCCCUGGGGUUCCUGUUAUUGCGUGAACAAGAUGUGAGGAUAACUUCUGAAACUCUCUGAGGUAAUUAUCCAUUGGUGUACACAUUGCAUUUACUAUCAGACCCACUGCAAGGAGGAUGGUGUUCAAACAAAUGUUGUCCAAGGAAGUAUACAGCAUGUGUUCAACGCAGUUAAUUUAUAGAGCAAACAGAGAUUCAGCUUGAGCGCAUAAAUGUCACAUUGAAACUUUUCCUCUCUUAACUUUGAUCACCAGCAUGUCUCAACUUCACUUCUGACUCCUCCAUGACUUUGAAUUUCUUUUACAUUUAAAUAAUGUCUCUAAAAUUUGGAGCUGCUCAGGCCCCAGCUGAGCAAGCUGGGACUCCUCCGACUAACUAUGUGAUCAGGGAACCAAGUCCCCCGACCAGCAUAUUGGCUACAUUACAUGCAACCUCUACAGUUUCAAGCAGUACCUCCACAAUAUCUACUGAGUUAGAGGGAAAACAUACCUGGGCAUAUAUUUUAGUGCCUCUUGGAGCAAUUGUUUUCCUUGGGUUUGUCAUCUUUCUGAUUGUUGUAAUACUGAAGAAAAAUAGGUUAGACAAACUUCGGCACCAUUUGAUGCCAUUGUACAGUUUUGAUCCAGCUGCUGUAGAUGAAGACCAAGAUUGGGAAUGUGAAUUAUUAGAUGGAGAUAAAGAACAACAUGUUGCCCUGAGAUCUGAGAGCCCAAGUUUCCGACAUGCACCCAAGCUGAAAUUUUCUACAGAUCAUUCUGAACUGUAAGAAUAUUUCCCUCUGGAAGCUUAUUGUCUUACAAAUCCAGAAUUAUCAACUUCCUUCCUCUGUUGUGUCAGCUCAAGUAUUCUCCAGUAUGUCUUCUGCUUUUGGCAUCAUUCUCCAGCACAAUAUUGUUGACAAAAGUUCAUUCUCUGAAAAGGAAAUAGAGAGAAAAAGAGGACAUAUAAACAUGUUAUAACCAUUUUUGUUAACAAAAGUUAAUGUUUUGUUGUUUUUUGUUAUUAUAUUCAUUUGUUAAUUUUUUGUUCUGAAUUUGUUUAUAGAGAUAUCAUCACCAGCACUCUUUUCUUUUUCUCUCUCUCUCUCUCUCAAAAUAUUUGGAUAAAUUUCUUCAAAACAAUAAGCAAGAUGUCUAUAUCUAGAUAAUUGUUUUUCUAACACCUAUUUUAUCAAGUUAAUUUCUGUUGGAUAAUUCAGCAUAAUUCAGAAUUUUGAAGGUAAUGAAGCAUUUCAAGGUAUUUUGUUUUCCUUGUUUCAUACUUGAGCUUUAAUUGACAAAUACAAAGAUUAUUAUAAACCCUGUAUGAAUGGAUCUUUGAGGGAAAUCAAUGUAUUGCUAUUCUAACUAUUCUUAACAAAACUGAAGUUUCAAAAAUAUAAUUAUUCAAUGUAUUUUUCUCAAAAAAUUUGUUUUUUAAUAUAUUUAGAUCUAUCUCUGGUGUUUAAAACCCAUAAUGAGCUGCUGAGGUUUUCAUGUAGCUGCUUGUUUCUAUCUUAUUUGUUAUUUGACUAAGCUUCUUUUGAAAAGUCCAAAGUUGCAUCCUCAAGGUUAAUCAAAGAAAAGACUCAAGUUUUGUAUUCAAAGACAACCAACUUGUUAUAUUUUACCAAUAUCCAACAAGAACUCUUCUCCAAGUCUUCUUGAAACUUUGUCUCCCUGUAGUAUUUAGAAUGUUUCUUGAUAACAUCUUUUAGUCCAUAUGUUUGCAUCCCUUGCUUUUAUCAUGCAUAUCUCUAGACACUUACCAUCUAUACUUUUUAAACUUGCCAACAAUUUCAGUUAGGAUAUACUUCUUUUUGAUUCCCUCAAUCUUAUCUAUUUAGUAAGUCUGAACAUGAAAUACAUAUAUAUAUAUAUAUAUUUUUUAACUCUAUAACACUUUUAUACCAAUAAUGGUGGAAUUGUUUCCAAAUGACAAACCUUCCAGUUUUCUCUCUUGCAAUGUUUCAGUGCUGAAGAUAACCUUUUAAAAUCUAGUCUUUUGUUUUUUGUGUUAUUUAUCCCAAGUGUAUCACAAACACUUAAUUUUUCUUGUUUUAAAUCAUCAUUAAAAUGCAUAUUUUGUUAAUUAAUUACUAUUUUUAAGAAAAUGACAGAAUAUUUACCAAAAAUUCUAGUAUGUAUAUUUCUCCAUUUUCAAUUAGAAAAUGGUAUUUGUUAAUACAAAUAUUCUAGGCACUUCUGCACAUGUGUCAGUGCUGUGUUGCUGUUUCAAGUGCAGUUUCCGUAACUCUUAAAUUUGGGUUCUCUCUUUUGCCCACACAAAAACACAUGUGAACAUGUAAACACAUGUAUACACUUACACACUUCUACAUGGUCAAGCUUAUAACUCCAGUCCACCCAUGACCAUAUUUCUAAGUGCCUAAUCCAAUGUUUUGCUCAAUAUUUGUUGCUGGUUUUUAAAAUUGGAGGCAACCCCAAUGUUGCUAAAAAUUCUCCUUAUUUCCUCUUCUAGCUUUAUAAUAUCUGAUCCUUGCUUUAAAUCAAUUGACCAUUUUUACCUUCUCUCCUCCCUUAUUACAUCAUGUGGCUACAGUGACCUUGCUACUUCCCACUCUCAAUACUCAGUAAUAUUGCUGAUGAUCAUACAAUUGUUGUAAUAGUUUGGGCUUGGUAACAGACCUUUACAGUUCAUAUAAUGUUGUGACCAUGAUACUGGCCUCUAAUUCCUAUGAAAUAAGAAUCAUACUUUGAUAAAUGUGACCAUUCAAUCAAUGUUUCUUCUUUGUCUAAAUAUAUUUCCAUUAUGACUCCACCAUUGCAUGACUUUUUUGAGUGAUCUUUGACUUCAGUCUUUUAAAGAAUAUGAAUUCUGAUAUCCUUUGACCCACUUCAUUAACAAUAUUUACUCUAAUUAAGACAGCUGACAGAAUUAUCUGUAUGUCAGACAAAUUUCUACCAGCUUAACAUUGAAAUUCCACCAUGGUUGACUUUGCCUUUCAUCCUUUUGGGUCAAUGAAAUAAGAGCCAGUUGAGCUCUGGAGUUGAUAUGAUCAACUAGUCUCCUCUCCUCAAAAUAUCAGGCCUUGUGCCUAAAAAUAUUUACUCUCAUUUCUCUAACCUUCAGACAUUUGUAUCAUCUAAGAACUACUAACAGAUGGGGGUUAAAUCAAAAUAAUUAUUUACUUCAUUAGUGUUACAAAAAUAUGAAUUAAUAUAUAAAGUAUUGUGCCCCAUUUUAUUCUUGAAGUGCAACAUGAAUAGCAGAAAAUAUAAUGUAAAUGGAAAUUGGUUUAGGAGUAGCAACCUAAAUAUAUGUGUACAUAAGUGGAGUGAGGAGCUUUAUUAUUAUUAUUAGAGUAGGCAUAAUGGCUGAAAAUGUAUAUCAUGGAGGUUAGCUGGAUGGAAUGGUACACAAUGUAAGAUAUGUGAAUGAAUAUUUUACAUUGCUAUGUUAAACUUGGCUGAUCAUGAAUAACAAUCAUAAUGGUGGUAACAGACAAUUAGCUAAUGACAUCAACAACUACCAAUAUUAAACGAUUUAUAUAUUUUAAUGCGGUUGUGUAAUAUUGGUCACGUUUAAAAAUGUUACUAAAAUUAUAAAAUUAUCAUUACAGCAGCUUGUUCUUCUCUUGACAAAAUUGAGAUUAUAUUUAGUUGAAUUUGAAACGAAUAUUUCAUGUGUGUGUGUAUGUGAUUAAAUAGAUAGAUGCAUACACAUUAAACGUAAAAUAGUUAUCCAAAUUCCUAUGGAUAUCUUUUCUUCUUCUUCUUCUUCUUCUUCUUCUGGUAGUCUUAUAUAAGAACAUAAUUCGCUAGAACUUCGGAAAUCUUCCUUUGAAUGACAGAGAAAUCUCCCUUUAAUCACAUCCUAUCAAGUGAUUUGAGGAAGACUUCUCUACAGUUUCUUGCAAGUCAAGUGACAACAUAAAGGCUUUCACAUUGGCUCAGUGCUAUUUAGUUUUUCGAUAUAGAAGUCAAUAUAUUCUACAUAAUUUAUUAUCAAGAUAUACAUCUUGGUAUCUAAUAUGUCUUAAAUGCAAUUAGAUUUGGAAUUUUUAGUCUUGUCUUUUUUUUUUUUUAGUGAAAUAUCUAGUUUUUUUUAAAUUAGAUCUGAAGAAGACCUGUUGGUGCAAAUAUUUUUUCAAGUUUUAGUUGCAUUCAUGUGUUGUUUUCUUUUUAAAUUUGUUUUCAAUUAAUUCUUAAUUGAUUAAUCUGUGUAUGUGCACAUUUGGUAGGACAUGAUAACAUUAUGCAACUAUCAUUGGUGAAUUUAAAAGCAAAGUUCAAGUCAUUUCGGAUAAGCAUAAAAUGUAGUACACACACAACUGUGUGGCAGAGAAGUUUACUUUACAAAUAUAAAAAAAAACACAUCUCAAAGCUUAACUCUUUAGCAUUUAAUCCAGCCAUAUCUGGCCCAAAUAUUCUACUUGUUUUAUGUUGAAACUGACUAGCGCCAACCUCUAACACCUAUCCAACAUUUGUCGUUCUAAACAUAAGGUCUGAAAGCUACAAGAUAAUGCAUGAUUAAUUCAAAAUGAUAUAAAUAAGUAGUGCUGAAAGAUUAAAGGCUUUCAAGAACAUGAGGCCCCAGGACCCAGGCCAAACUAUUGAAAAACUCUGUGAAUACUUUAGACAAAAUGGAAUGGUUGCUAAAAUUUGGCAUACCUUAGGAUUAAAUAGUUGGUCUUCUAUAAAAGAGAUCUUCGGUCUCAGAAUUACAGAUUGUUUGAAGCAUAAAGUAAAAAGUCCUAAUCCUUCAUGAACUUUGGAAACAUAAUCUACCCGCAAAGCAUUUUUUUUUUAAAUAUAAAGAAAGACGAUAUGUAUCAGUUAUAUAUUAAAUGCUAAUAAAACCAAUUGAAAGAGAA